AUGUUUGCGUUAAAAUUAAAAUCAACAGAAAAUGCAAAAGCCAUACGAUCAUUGACCCUUUCAAAUAUGUUUAUAUGUGCACGAGAAGGUGAUUUCAUCGUCGACCAAUUAAAUUUUUUCAACAGUAAUCUUAAAGAUAAUAACGAAAUACAAGGAUGUGCAUCAGCUUUGUUUGAUGGUCAACGUAUUACUCAAUCUAUAUCUUUUGGUCGAACAAUUAUUGAAAAUAAAUCAUUAUGCAUUUGCGUCGGACCAAUUGGCUCUAAAUGGGCAAAUCUAUUAAUGUAUUUGGAUGGAAACAAAGCUUCAGAUGGGUUUCAUCCAAGAUUUAUAUUCCACUGUUUAGAAACAAUUUUUACUGUCAAAGCUUUUUCAUUUACAUAUUUAAAACCAAUUCUUGUAAAUGGCCAACCUAGAUACUGUUGA